AUGAGCUCCAAGUUGGUGGCUGUUGCGGUUGCCAUAGAGAAUGACAAAACUUUGCUAGUGUGGGAGCUGAGCUCCGGACCCACGGUGGAGGCCUUGCAACUUCAGGAGUUUUCUGAGCUUCAAGAAAGGCUGAAUGAAGACACCGUGACACCAUUUCAGAAGCAAAGCCUGAGGUUCUUCUCUGCUUUAGAGGUGGUGCUGCCGUCCUGUGUGUGCAGGAGCCCUGGGGUGGGUGUGGCAGACGAGCCUGUAGAUGAGCUGGAGGAAGAAAGUGAUAGAAUCGCUGUGGAGUACAGACACAGGAAAGAGAUCCCAGAUGUCAGGAACGAGGAAGAGCCCCACGCUUCAGUUCAGGCCAGUUGCUUUUCUUGGGCGCAGCAUGUCCAGGAAGAGAAAGAGCAUCUCUCGGGUUUCAGCUUGGAGGAGGAAGGGCUCAAGCUGCCCGAACUGGACUAG